GCUUAAUUUUAAGGAUUGUCCAUGUUCUCUGCAAAUAUAUCUGCUAUACAUGUUACAUCGUUCGACUUAAUCGUUAAUCUAUCAAAUUGCCAGGACUAGUACGUUUUGUUACACCAGGCCAUGAAUGUUUUUCAGUACAUAGAUAUUUCUAGAUGUACGAGCACCCACCAGUUAAUCAGGAACCAACCAUGUUCAUUAAGGUUCUGUACGGAGAUAACGAAGAGGCCCUGUUCAAUCCCAACUGCAGAACUCUAUUAUUGUUAGAACACAUAAAGGAAAUAGUCGGCUAUCAGCCCGAGACUGACAUUGACCUAUCCGAUGAGAACGGGUUUAUAGUACACUUACUGAGGAGCCCCCCUCUUCAAUAUGCUUCAGACGUUUUGGAAUCAAGAAGAACGUUCAUACUUGUGAAAGUUUCAAAAAAUGAGGACGGUACAGAGUCAGUGGAGCCAAUGCUGAAAAAUCUCCGAGACAACAGACCUAAUGCUUUCGAGAGAUUGACGAGCACAAACUUCGACAGCAGGGGGCAAGCACUAGACGCCGGGGACAAACGAGUCAACAGGCAGAAGAGCAAGAAGUCAGGGAAACGAAGAUAGAGAGAAAAAUACUGGAUGCUGGAUUGCAACUUCUUGUUCUCACUGUAGAGUCUAGAUCAGCUAUACUGGGUCCACAAAUCACGGGAUAAAGGCUCAAAACAACCGAUCAUAUUGGAGCGAUGAAGGUGAUUCGAACCCGUUCAAAAGACUGUGAUAUCGGCUUACUCCCAAUGAUUUUACCAGAGUCGAGUGAUAGACACAAAUCAAGAAUUCUUUUGUAAGGGUUAAAACGAAGUAUUGUUAAUUUAACAAAAAGUUAAAUUGAUACAUGUAACACACAUCAUUAAAAUGGUAAAA